AUGAUGAAUCCUUUAAGGGAGGAGAUGAUGAGUGGGAUUGAUUUCAUACCUGUGACUGUGAGUGUGAGUGUGAUCGAUUUCGUGACGUCUCUGAUGGAGGAGAGUCAGGAGAUGAUACACUUCGCCGAUUUAGGGGUCGAGAGAAGCUAUUGGGUUGUUUUGGCGGAGUUGGAGAAACGAGAAGAGGAGGCUAUCGGAAUAGGAGUAUCGGGGAGUGGGAGAGACAACGAGAAAAGCAACUGA